AUGGCUUCUCGGCGGCUCGCUCUCAACCUGCAGCAGAGCCUGCGCAACCGCACUGCGCUGAACGCCGUCAAGCAGCGCACCAGAGGACUCGCAACCCCCGUCAGCCAUGGAUCGAAAACGGAGUCCACGACGUUGAGCAAUGGCUUCACGAUUGCUACGGAACACUCGCCCUGGGCACAAACCUCGACGGUCGGUGUCUGGAUUGACGCAGGAAGUCGCGCGGAGACGGACAGGACCAAUGGCACAGCACACUUCCUGGAGCAUCUUGCUUUCAAGGGCACUCAGAAGCGGAACCAGCAGCAGCUGGAGCUGGAGAUAGAAAACAUGGGAGGCCAUCUCAACGCAUAUACAUCGCGCGAGAACACCGUCUACUACGCCAAGUCCUUCAACUCCGACGUCCCUGCCACCGUUGACAUCCUCGCCGAUAUCCUUCAGAACUCGAAGCUCGAGAACUCGGCGAUUGAGCGUGAGCGAGACGUCAUCCUGCGAGAACAGGAGGAGGUAGACAAGCAGCUAGAGGAAGUCGUUUUCGACCAUCUACACGCCACCGCCUUCCAGGGCCAGCCUCUAGGCCGCACAAUCCUCGGCCCGAGGGAAAACAUUCAAUCCAUCUCCAGGGAUGAUCUCGUGAGCUACAUCGACAAGAACUACACGGCCGACCGCAUGGUGCUUGUUGGCGCCGGUGGCGUCCCCCAUCAGCAGCUCGUCGAGCUCGCGGAGAAGCACUUCGCGAACCUCAAAGAUGAGCCGUCCACACAGCAGCAGUCCAUCGAGGUUUCCGCACAGAAGACGAAGCCAGACUUCAUCGGCUCCGAGGUCCGCAUUCGAGAUGAUACCAUGCCCACCGCCAACAUCGCCAUUGCAGUCGAGGGCGUCAGCUGGAAGGACCCGGACUACUUCACGGCUCUGGUCACUCAGGCUAUUGUGGGCAACUGGGACCGGGCAAUGGGCAGCUCACCCUACCUUGGCAGCAAGCUCAGCACGUUCGUCCACAACAAUAACCUGGCGAACAGCUUCAUGAGCUUUUCAACGAGCUACAGCGACACUGGCCUCUGGGGUAUCUACCUAGUAACAGACAACGUGACCCGUAUUGACGACCUCGUCCACUUCACCCUCCGCGAAUGGUCCCGUCUGUCCUACAACGUCACGGAGGCCGAAACCGAGCGCGCCAAAGCCCAGCUCAAGGCCUCGAUCCUGCUCUCCCUCGACGGCACCACCGCCGUCGCCGAGGACAUCGGCCGCCAAAUCAUCACGACGGGCAGGCGACUGAGCCCCGAGGAGGUUGAGCGGGUGGUGGGACAGGUGACGGAGAAGGACGUCAUGGACUUUGCGCGGAGGAAGCUGUGGGACAGGGACGUUGCUAUCAGCGCUGUGGGCCAGAUCGAGGGUCUCCUGGAUUACAACCGCGUGAGGAACGAUAUGGCUAGGAACUCGUCGUAG